AGAGGCAGGAGAAGAGGGAGGGGAAAAGGGAGAGAAGAGGAAGCAAGUUUUUGUGUUGCUUUUUUUUUCUUCUCCGAACUAAAGUUGUAGAUAACCGAAAACGAGUGGGGGGGGCUCACGGAAUAUCCUGGGCUGUGGAGGGGAAAGAGAUGAGGGAGGGGGGAGACCACAGCAAAGCUCAGAAUCUCAACACGACAGCUGAUGAGUGCAGUAAAAACUUUAUACUGCUAUAGGCCUGCAGCCUGUUGACAAGUAGGAAAGACUGCUACCAGUGCCUUUUCCUCUGCAGACCAUGACUUCAGAGUUGGACUCCAGUCUGACCAGCAUUGACUGGCUGCCUACACUGGGUAUGAGCAGCCUGCGCUCCGGGAAAGAGCGUGGAGACCGGGGAGGAAAGAGGGAGCGAGGGAGAGAGUCUGAACUUCCUGCACAGGUUGUGUUGUCUUCUCCACCGGGUGCGAAAGGAAAACCCCCCCACAGCUAUGCCACCCUCAUUUCUAUGGCUAUCGGAGCAGCUCCGGAUAGGAAGCUCAGCCUGAAUGACAUAUACACCUGGAUCAGUGAGCAGUUCCCCUACUACAGUAGGGCUGGACGGGGCUGGAAGAACUCUAUUCGUCACAAUCUGUCACUUAAUAAAUGCUUCCGGAAAGUUCCACGGCCCCCCGGAGACCCUGGAAAGGGGUCAUAUUGGACAAUGGAUGGACCCCCAGAACAAAUGACAUACUCUCCCUGCGGUGGAAACAAGCGCCCGUAUUCUGCAGAUGAAAAAACGUCUUCCCACAGUGCUGUGCAAGAGGAAGGGAAAGUGAAACAGACAGGAAUUACUGCACCAGCCCCUGCAGCUGAAUCGUCCCGCCCCCCUGCGUGUAAGAAACGCCCCCCCCCUCUGUCACCCCCUGUACUGGCCGCUUCUGUCCUGCCGCACCCCUCCACCGAUGCCUCUCGUCGAGUCCCCUUUGCCAACCUCGACUUUGAAGACCUUUACAGUUCAUUCCAGUCCCUCUGCAGGACAGUGAGAGAGAGAGCCGGUUCCCAACCGGACACUGGUCUUUUCAUUGGGGCAUCCGGUGACCACGCCCCCCUGCAUACUCCGACCCUGCAGCCACUGACACCACGCCAGUGCCCACCCGAAACCGGACAUGUAUUACCAACUGACUGGUUUAGCACUACAGAUUCCUUAAAGGAGAGCUUCCGAAUUGCCAGCAGUCUGGACUGGUCUAAUAUUGACCUUUCAUAUUACCCUGACCUGGUGGAAAGCAUGCGUCAGGCAGAGGUCUGUGAUUGGGCGCUGGACCCAGCCCUCUUCACGUCCCUCUGUGAUUCGCUGAACCGCUUUUUCACCCAGAAAGGCCUGGUUGGCUCAGCUUCCAGCCCAAACCCAGUGCCCUCUGCGGUCCACCCCGUCCUCAGCCACCCUUCUCCUCUUGCUGCUUCUCCGUUACUGUCUGCUCCCACCAAUAACUUCCAUCCACUGCCUCCCAAGAGGGCCAUUUCCUCACACCAUGUCCCACAGAGGAUGCCCAUGACCCAGUCCAGCGAUAACACACCUCUUGCAUCCAACAUGCCUGUCCAGCCUCAGCCUUUGACCCCCAGAAGCCGACCUCCGUUAAGGAAUCUCCAUAGCAAUAGCGAAGAGAUCCAGGAUGACUUUGACUGGGAUUCGCUCAUCGUUUGAGGAAAACAGGUUUUGAACAUUACUAGAUAUCGCAAGCUGCCAGCAGGUUCACCAGUGUCAAAACACAAAACCGGGAAGAAAAGAAAAAUAUGAGACCAACUGUCACUACCACAAAUAUUACUUAGGUCCGUAGGGGCAGAGCGUUUAACUUCUUGUACACAUUACUGUAACGCAUUAUAUUGUAUUAACUUUGCAGUACUAGGUUAUAACCUUAACUUUCAGGAUGUCUUAUCUAUUCAGUACAUUUUUGUUAAUUACUUUAUUCCAAUAAAACUUAGCAGCAUGUCAGGUACCUAAUGUCUUUAUGCUUUUAUUAAUUACACUUUUAUUAAUUUACACAUUUUUUUAAAGAUUUUCAUAGAAGAGUGCAACACUUCACAAAUGGCCGUGUUUUUUAUGUGAGUGGAGAGAGUAACAUCGCAAAUGGAGGCAUGAGAGGGCCCCUUGUGGAAGCUUCAAAAGCACACUAAUGAUUUAUUGGGGAUAUUCAAUAAGGUCCAAUUUGGAGGUUUUCAUACUGCGUAAACUGAUUGUUUCAUUAACAUAAAUGUCUUGUGUUUGGUACAGUGAUUAAAUUUAACAGUGAAAAUGAUUCUGCUUAAAUAUAAAAUCAAUAUUUGACAUUUGAUUCUCUGCAAAAUAAGGGAAGUUUUUUUUUCUAUAAAACUAUGUAAUUACUUUCAAAAUAUAUAUGAAUUUAAUGACGAUAAUUCUGUAAGUGAUACUGCUCUAAUACCAUUGUUCUGCAUUGUGUACUGUCGUGUUUCUCAGCCCAGUCCUCAGGGACCCCCAGACAGUCCACAGUCUCUGUCCCUCCCAGUUCCAAACACACCUAUACUAAGUAUUCGGUGUUCUUGAUUGCUUGUUUGGUUCAGGUGGACUAAGAGCUGGGAUGGAGAAAAAACUGGAUCAGUAAUACUUUUAACUAAUUUUAGCUGGGUGAGAGUGCUAGUGUCCAAUACAGGCCAUUCUAUAUGCUUCUGGGCUCACUUUGAUCCUGAACUUAAUUAGCAGUUAUGGGAAAUGGAUGCACCCACUGUAAGGUACAGUACACAAACUGGGGAUAUUAGUGAAGAACUAUGAGCCUCAUACUAGUAGCACAAUUGGAUGAAUGGGCAUGCACAAGAAUUCAGUUCUGACAAUAUUAAAGAAAAUAUUUAAAUUGC